AUGGGAGAAACUCCGGGAACUCUCUCUGCAUUUUCUCUUUUCUCUCUUUGCCCCAGGAAUCCAAUGACAAGUUUAUAUCGUGAUUAUUUCUACUUUCACUUUACAAACUGGCCCACCCCCCCAUAUCGGAAUGGCUGCUACCUCUGCUACCAAGUGGAAAGAACCCAGAACCGCUUACCUGUGCUCAUUAACAAGGGGGUCUUUGAAAACAAGUUCUAUCCCGAGGAGCCUCACCAUGCAGAACUCUGCUUCCUGGACUGGUUCAAAACCCAGGAAGUAUUCUUGGUCAAGAACAUGCCCCGUGAUGAGAAAUACCAUGUCAAAUGGUACAUGUCCUGGAGCCCCUGCUUCGAGUGUGCAAGGAAGGUGGUGGAGUACCUGAAGGACCACAAGCAUGUACAGCUGAGCAUCUUCACUGCCCGCCUCUACUUCUCCCGGGAACCAGAAUACCAGCAGGGGCUUCUCAGCCUGGACAGCGCCGGAGCCUCGGUGGCUAUAAUGUCUGCAGAUGACUUUUUUUACUGCUGGAAAACCUUCGUGGACCACCAGCAACUAGUAUUCCAGCCCUGGAAAAAGAUACAUAGAAACAGUCGAUACCUGUCUAAGCAGCUGGAGAACAUUCUCAAGUUAGAACUGGGACUGAAGCACGAAUUAUAUCCCAACAUCUUCAACUUCCAGUUCCGCAACCUGCUAUAUGCCUCCGGGCGGAACUCCACCUACCUCUGUUUCGAAGUGGAAUGUUGGGAGCAGGGCUCAUUCAUUUGGUCUACCAAGGGGGUCUUUCGAAAUCAGGAGGAUUCUAGCCACGCAGAACUCUGCUUCCUGAACUGGUUCUGUGACAGGAUUGAGUCCCCUGAUGCAGAAUACCAUGUCACCUGGUACACGUCCUGGAGCCCCUGCUUCGACUGUGCAGAGGAGGUGGCUGCCGUCCUGUGUGAGCACGAGAACGUCAGCCUGAGCAUCUUUGCUGCGCGCCUCUACCGGGUUGAGCCCGCUGACGACCAGGGGCUGCGAGCCCUGCAGGGGGCAGGGGCCCAGGUGGCCAUGAUGUCUCCAGAGGAUUUUGAAUACUGUUGGAAUAUCUUUGUGUACAACGGGGGAAAGAACUUCAGCUAUUGGAGAAAUGUGCGUCGACAUUAUUAUAUUCUGCAGGAGCAGCUCAAUAGCAUCCUCUGCAAAGAUGCUCCCCUGACUUGGGUCCUUCCAUCUCACCACAUGAACCACAUCUUGCUAUUAAACUGAACAUAAGUGGCCAUGAAUGUGUAGAAGUGUGACCAGCCGAAGACUGGAGAAACAUCCUUCAAGACAGACUUGAGCUCCCCGAGAACGGCUGCAUUGCCUUCGGCUGCCCAGGCUCCUCAUGGCAGAUGCCGCAGCGCAGCCCCUCGGGACUUUAUACCCCUGGUCUUUUGAGCAGCUAGAAUAAAUCAUUUAAUUCUUAGUUAGGCCUUUGUUCAAGUGGCAGGAGCUCUUCCUGCCCUCCUCCCUUGUUCCGGGAAAGGUAGUCCUAAGUGGCUGAUGAGUGUGUCUCUUU